AACAAGUCAAACAUUAACUCUCCUGACUGCCAAUUUCCUUUUCAUUUUAUGAGAGGACAACGACUUGGAUAGAUAUGAUUCUCAGUGCUGUGAUAUUUUUGGUGCUGGGGUUCACACCAGGCUCAGAAUGUCUGGUGUGCUAUCAAUGUGCGGACACACGGAUGGACGGCCCAUGUCAGUCGAACACUGCGGAUCUUGUCCAGUCAAACAAAAUUUGGUCUAACAAAACGGAGGAAGUUAGGGAUGAUACUGACGCCUACCUAGAAUACGUGAAGAGCUGUCCCCCAGAACAACAAUAUUGCGUUAUUGAACGUAUUGAAGACAAAGGUGUGAUGUUUGCUUACAUCAGAGACUGCAGUGACGGCGUGACGAUGUCGGUUAAUGAUGUGGAAAGGUUUCAAAAUAUAACAUUCAACAAAAACAAUUUCACAACUUGUGGCUUCAGAUUUCAAAUUGGUGUUGUGUGCAUCACCUUGUGUGAAGGAAAUUUUUGUAAUGGUCCCAUUACUGAAAGUGGUUCUGGGUAUCCGGCUAAUUUCUUUCUUUUUGCUCAUGAUGACGUUGUGUUUGAUGCUUUGUGAAUAGCACAGUGAUGAGACACUUUAAGAGUUUUUUCUAUACCUUGUACAUGUAUAUCAAACCUUAAACUCAUUUCACCUUGCAUCCUACAGUUUAUACUGAGCUACAUCACCAAACAUCCUACUGUUUACACUGAGCUGCACACUCAUUUACACCGAUACAGUAAAACAACAAACAUCCUUAAUUUUAUACUAAACUACACUCUCAUUUACACCAAUACAGUAAAUCACCAAACAACCUUAAUUUUAUACUAAACUACACUCUCAUUUACACCGAUACAGUAAAUCACCAAACAUUCUUAAUUUUAUACAAAACCACACUCUCAUUUACACCAAUACAGUAAAACACCAAACAUCCUUAACUUUAUACUAAACCACACUCUCAUUUCCACCGAUACAGUAAUUCACCAAACUUUCUUAAGUUUAUACUAAACUAAACUCUCAUUUACACCGAUACAGUAAAUCACCAAAUAUCCUUAAUUUUAUACUAAACCACACUCUCAUUUACACCGAUACAGUCAAACACCAAACAUCCUUAAUUUUAUACUAAACCACACUCUCAUUUACAUCAAUACAGUAAAACACCAAACAUCCUUAAUUUUAUACUAAACCACACUCUCAUUUACACCGAUACAGUAAAUCACCAAACAUUCUUAAUUUUAUAUUAAACCACACUCUCAUUUACAUCAAUACAUUAAAUCACCAAACAUUCUUAAUUUUAUACUAAACCACACUCUCAUUUCCACCGAUACAGUAAUUCACCAAACUUUCUUAAGUUUAUACUAAACUAAACUCUCAUUUACACCGAUACAGUAAAUCACCAAAUAUCCUUAAUUUUAUACUAAACCACACUCUCAUUUACACCGAUACAGUAAAACACCAAACAUCCUUAAUUUUAUACUAAACCACACUCUCAUUUACACCGAUACAGUAA